CGGGACCGCGAGGUAAGCAGAGCCUGGCUGGGGAGUUUCCCGGAGGCUCGCCCCGGGAGCUUCGCCCCGCCGCCCUGGAAGCCCCUGUCUGCCCCCUGGCUUACCCCUAGGACGGGCAGCUCACCACUUCUCCCGGACAGUUCUAUUUAAGAGAAGUUCCUUUCUGCCGGAAUCCUGGUCCGCAGACAGCCCUGUCUUCUAGUCCAAGAUGCUGGCCAAGAGUGUGGAGGUGGGGAGAAUGAAAGCGAGACGAGGAAAGGAGGAAGAGGAGCCCAGGAUGUAAGUGCAUCCUUCUAUGAAAGACUCCAGUAGAAGAUUAUAGAUGAAGAAAGAACUUGUUAAUUCUUCCAGAGGAAAGGAGAGCAGAUCAGGGAAGGCUUCAUGGAAGAAGUGACACUUGAGAGGGGCCUUGGAGGUUAAGGAGGAGUGCACAAUGCUGAGAAGACUUACCCCUGCCCUGCCCCGCCUGGCUGAUUCUCCAGCCCCAGCCAGAGAGCCACUCACCAUCUUGACGGGCCGGAAGGACAUGAGCCGAUCACUGCGGUAGCUGCUCGACCAUGUGUCCCAGCGAGGGUACUCGCCCUUCUCCAGGAUGAACAUCUCCCCGCGCAAGUUGGACUGCUCAAAGGCGACCCAGCUGGACACAAGAAAGACCAUGAGGCAGACAGGGGACAAAUGGAAGGGGCCACGAUGACCCUGCAAUGCACCAAGUCAGCGGGACACUGGAAGAUGGUGGUGUGGGAUGAGGACGGCUUCCAGGGCCGGCGGCACGAAUUCACGGCCGAGUGCCCCAGUGUGCUGGAGCUUGGCUUCGAGACUGUGCGAUCUUUGAAAGUGCUGAGUGGAGCGUGGGUGGGCUUCGAGCAUGCUGGAUUCCAAGGGCAGCAGUACGUUCUGGAACGGGGCGAAUACCCGAGCUGGGAUGCCUGGGGUGGCAACACGGCCUACCCCUCUGAGAGGCUCACCUCCUUCCGGCCUGUGGCCUGUGCUAACCACCGUGACUCGAGGCUGACAAUCUUCGAGCAAGAGAACUUCCUGGGCAAGAAAGGAGAGCUGAGCGAUGACUAUCCUUCCCUCCAGGCCAUGGGGUGGGAAGGCAAUGAAGUAGGGUCCUUCCAUGUCCACUCUGGGGCUUGGGUUUGCUCCCAGUUUCCGGGCUACCGUGGAUUUCAGUAUGUGCUGGAAAGCGAUCACCAUUCCGGUGACUACAAGCAUUUCCGGGAGUGGGGCUCUCACGCCCAGACCUUCCAGGUGCAGAGCAUCCGCAGGAUCCAGCAGUGAGCAGGGGCGCGGCACGGAGGAGCGCAUGCGUGCUUGUCUGCAAUGGAGGCGCUCUGGAGGCUGUGGCCUGCUCUCUCCUUCUGCCUUCCCCUGUAACCCGUGUGAACCCAGCACCCAUGUGAACCUGUCCAUGCACAGUCAGCACAAAAAACUCAAACGAAUAAAAAAUAGAAAGUCCGGUAUUA